AUGAACUUUAUAAUCCCAAACAAAGAUUUUCACAAGUCAAAUGGGAGAUGAUGGGAGGCUGAGGUUGAUCAGGCCUGAGACAUGGCAUAUCAACCACCUAUAAACCUCCCCAUCACCUUCCUAAAGCACCAAGAUAAUAGCGUACCUAUUCUCUGAGAUCCAAACUUUGAAUCGAAGGUUUUGAAAGAUAUUCGCACUAAAAUAUCUGAGGUUUGCCAGGACCUUCGAAACAUGCAUAAAGAUGCUAUUAGCUGAGAAUUCUCUACAUCAGUGCGUCAACUCACCCCCUCAGAAAUAUCCACUCUCGUUCAUCCUACCCUUCUUCCCAGAAAUCCAUUUUCUGACCAAAGUCCCACUAAAAUGAACUUAUUCCCCGACAAGAUUCUCAAAAUAAAGCUGACAUCUACCUCAGUCCAUAAAUUUUCCACCCCAAAUACCUCUCCCAAGACACAGAUAGUGCAUUGUGAAGGCACAAGUCAGGGAUACGAGAAGAAGAGAGAAAGUAAAUAUGAGAGUAUAGAAAUUCUAAAGGAUUAUAAAUACUCGAUUAGCUAUGUUCCUAGUAAGGGCCCAAGGAGGAGGAGAAGGAUACUACAUUGCAAAUAUAAUCAUUGAAAGAAGUCGUUCUACAAAACGUGGAACUUUAUUGACCAUGCUAGGAUGCAUUUGGGAAUAAAGCCUUACUCAUGAGACCUCUGAGACGCUAAGUUUACUCAAAAGGGGAACUUGAAAAAACAUUUGUUAAGACAUUAACCAAAAAUCGAUGAAUUCCUUCGUUCUUACAUACUAAUUGUGGAUUUUUAU